AUGCACAUGUGGCGGCGCGUUUCGAGCUUGGGGGUGACUGGUGCCGCUCAGUGUAGAGGCUCUUCCUCUACGUCGGUUCUGUGGUGGCGAUGCCGUCGCAUCUUGCACAGUGCAGACUACGCAUAUGCUGCAGAUGCGGCGGGGGCCGUCCCCGCAGUUCCUCGGCCGCAGCGCUCAGUGGCGGAAGCGUGGGGCUCUGCCAUCGACUUUGAUUGGCGUCACGGAAGGCGAGCCUCCUCCCAUCCGGAAGAUGAAGAUGACGAUGAUGCCGCCUUUGCCUUGGCCUCGGCUGCCAAGAGCCAAUCCAGCCGACGAAAGGAAGAGGAGGGCGACAGUGGCCGACAGGCGCUCGACGCCAUGCAGCCCGGCCGCUUCUGGAGUGCAACUCGCCCACCUCGGGUGUGCGUGGUGCAUCCCUACAUGCGCAACACGGUCUAUGCCGACAAACGAAAGCGGCGGCUCAGCCUUCUGGCCGAGAGAGAAGAGGAAGAGCAGGUCUGCAGAGGCCAGGACCACCCUGAUCUUCGCCUCAAGGAAGCUGUUGCCUUGGUCGAGGCGCUGGAGUGGCCCGUGGAGGAUUCGAUGUACCUAACUGUAAAUACCGUCAACCCGUCCCACUUCCUCGGCAAGGGCAAGAUCGCCGAGCUCAGGCAAGCGUGCCAGGCCAAGCGGGCCGAUGUGGUCGUGAUGGACACCAACUCGCUCACGCCCGCCCAGGGUCAGAAGCUCGCCAAAAUGCUGGGCACUCGGGUGAUGGACCGAUAUCGGCUCAUCCUGGAGAUCUUUGCCCAACGAGCCCAGUCCGAGGAGAGUCGGCUGCAGGUCGAGCUCGCGGGUCUGGCCUAUAAGAGCGUGCACCUCAAGUCGGCGAUGGAGUCCAAGCACUUGGCGCAGCAGCGAGGAGGCGGCGCCUUCCUUUCGGGCGCAGGAGAGACCAACCUAGAGAUCGAGCGGCGUCAUCUGGUCGUCCGCGAAAAGAAGAUCAAAGCCCGACUGGAGGUGCUGCAGAAAACGAGGAAGCUCCACCGCGAAUCAAGGAAGAAGCAGGACAUCCCCACAAUCGCUAUUCUCGGAUACACCAACGCUGGCAAAUCGGCACUGCUGAAUCGAUUGUGCGGGACCUCGCUCGUGAGCCAGAAUCAACUCUUUGCAUCCUUGCACACAUUCAUGCGCAAGAUUGAACUCCCGUCCGGGUGCUGCGCUCUCGCUGCCGACACCGUUGGCUUCAUAUCGAACCUUCCUCAUGGCCUGGUCGCCCCUUUCCACUCGACGCUGGAGGAAAUCGGUUCGGCCGACGUCCUCCUCCACGUCCGCGAUAUAACCAACGCUGAAACGGAGAUGCAAAAGGCCAACGUGCAUAAGGUCAUGAAGGAAAUAGGGCUGGACACGGACCCCGACACUCAGCACCUCGAAGUGUGGAACAAAAUCGACCUCAUGGAUGACGCUCGUCUGGACAGCCUGGUCACCACGCAGCGUGUCUUAGGGAAGCGCAUCUUCCCCAUCUCGGCCCGCACCGGCGCGGGGUGCGAUGACCUACUGCAAGCCAUCGAUCAGCGGCUACAGGCGCUCUAUCCAGAACGGAAGCGAGUGUACGAGCUUCUUCUGGGCGAGAACGAGCAGGAGCGGCUGGAGUUCCUGACCAGCCACGGUGGCCGCGUGCGCACCGUACAGCCCGACUACCAAGUGGCUGGCCGCACACGCUUGAGCGUCGAGAUGCGGCCAGACGUCUACGAGAGGUAUCGUGUCCGCUAUGGCGAGUUGCCCCGACCGCAGCAGCACCUGUGA